CAUAAUUAGUUGGUUAAUUUUGUGUAAAAACGAUAUAUUUUAUGAAUUUUAUGACAUACGAAAUCCGGAAGCUUUACGUGUAACAGUAAAAGAGGUCCGGGUGGAUAUUUAGGUGAAAGGUCUCAGAGAUCCGCACUGACUGGGGCUUCUUGUCCUUCUGCUGAGUUCCGGGGUUUUUUUCCUGCACAGACGGUAAAGUUUUUAGUUCUUUAUUUCCUCCAGAAGUUAAAGAUGUCUAAACAAACACAGACCAUCAGUCCGGGGAAGAAUUUCCUUGCUGGUGGUUUUGGAGGCGUCUGUCUGGUGUUCGCCGGUCACCCUUUAGACACCAUCAAGGUGCGACUACAGACACAGCCCAUGCCAGGACCAGGUCAGGCUCCUUUCUAUUCCGGAACCUUCGACUGCUUUAAGAAGACUCUUGCUAAGGAGCUGUCACUCUGUGUCUCAGACGUUCCAGCCAGUGGGAUGUACUUCAUGACCUACGAGUGGCUGAAGAACCUUCUGACUCCAGAGGGCAAGAGCCCGAAUGAACUAAGUGUACCCAGUGUGCUGUUUGCUGGUGGUAUGGCAGGAAUCUUUAACUGGGCUGUCGCAAUUCCACCUGACGUCCUCAAAUCCCGAUUCCAGACAGCUCCGGAGGGGAAAUACCCUAACGGGUUCCGGGAUGUUCUGAGGGAGUUGAUCAGGGAAGAGGGCGUGGCUUCACUGUAUAAGGGCUUUAAUGCAGUCAUGCUCCGAGCCUUCCCUGCUAAUGCUGCGUGUUUCCUUGGUUUCGAGGUGGCCAUGAAGUUUCUCAACUGGCUUGCACCAAACCUGUGAUGUAUAUGAGACAGGGUCAUUGAAGAAUGUGAAUUUACAACACACACACACACACACACACAUUCUGAUGUCCGUCAGAAUGACUAGUUUUAUUGUUUUUAUUUUUCUUUGAAGAGGAGUGAUGACGUGCCUUAUUACUAGAGUGUAAAGAGACUGUCGGAAAGCUCACGUCUAAUCAGAACCAGAUGUGUAACUCCAAAUCUUUAAAAUACUGAGCAUAACCAAAUACCACAUCUGUAUCUGGUGUUCACACAGAUUUUGUAAAUGAACCCUCCAGAAAAACAGGAUCUCAGGACUUUUAAACUUUCAAACACCUGUGGUUCGAAUUCUCACGUGUGUUUUUCAACAGUCUUUUUAUUCCAUAUAUUAAACCUGACUUUGACCUCAGUCUCUGCUCCUCAGGGGGUGUGUGUGUGUGUGUGUGUGUGUGUGCGUGUGUGUGUGUCUUAGUCUCAAUUUUGUUUAUGUUAAACACUAAUUAUUAUUGACAAUAAAAAUAGAUCAUAGUAAUUACAUAAAAAUAAUAAUCCUUGUCAAUAUUAGAAUUAUGCUGAUGGUGAUGAUGAAGAUGAUGAUGAUGAUGAUGAUGAUGAUGAUAUGUCCUGAUCUGUGUAAAUCUCUUGCUGAAUAAAGUCAUAAAGUUUUUUGUUCAUGUUAAAAAUAAAAAGAUUGUUACCGGG